UCCCACUACAUUUUCUGAUAAUUGUGAUUUUCUUUGGGAGGGCACCUAAUAAAAAUGUUUCGAUUUUUUCAUCAGAACAAGUUUUAUUCUAGGGACAACAAUCAUCAAUUAUAUUUCAAAAUUAAUUUCCACUAGGACUAGGGUUUUGUCUCCGUCGUGGGCACGUUUUCCUUUUAUAAUGUUAGAAAAUUUGAGAAAUAAUAAUUAUAGAGUUUCAUACAAAAAUAUAUACAUAUCCAUGUCCAUGCAAAAAGUGGAUUAUCCACCUUUAACAACAACAACAAGUCAACAACAAAGUUGAUUAUACACAACUUAAUUUUUUUCUUUUUGGUAUACACAACUUAUAUGAUAAUGCAGCUAUGUCAACAACACUACUGAAGCCGAAGCUAUUGUCAAAAAAUUGUAUGAGAUAUUGUGCUGUGGGUCUGUAUUUUACAUUAUUACUAAUACUAUUUUGCUGGAGAUGUUACAUUAUUGAUAACAAAUAUUUAAAUAUAACACGAAACUGCAUUUCUCACCGAACCUGUUCUGUGAUCUGUAGUGAGCCAAACUCGUCAAACAUAUUGUCUGCCAGUGUCAUUUCUUUUUCUCACUUUAUAUAAAUCUAAAUUAGAUUACGAAAUAAAAAAAUCAAAGCAAAAAACUUUGAGUUCUUGCGGUGGAUUUGACUUUACUUCUCAUUUUUUUUUUCCUUUACAGUAGCUUACAAAAAUAGAAACCAUGUAAAUUAUGUUAAUCAAAGUCUCAAUAAUUGUUCCAAAAAACUAAUCAAUUCAAUUAGCAACCGACAAGCAUGGUUAGCUUGAGUUUACAGAUGGGAAAAUGGUACCACAAGUUAGUGAAUUAUCUAAGUUUAGCAUCAUCACAUAUGAGCUGAGUAAUCUACAAGGACAAACAAAACUUUCACUAUCAGAAGAAGAACCAAAUAAAUUACAAUCAAAAUGUAGAAUAAGUGAGUCCACUUGUAGUAAAAGACUUUUUCUUAUUAAUUUCUUCACUAGAAAGUACAGAAGAAAUGUCAAAUAAAGAACUCGUACAGGUACAGCAAACAAGUCGCAUAGAUCGAGAAAAAUCAAAACUAAUAAAAGAUUCAGAAAGAUGAUGAUAACUUAAAUAAAUAUAUUGAGAGCCUCUGAAAUCUCACCAACUCCUUCUCUGUCUCUUCCACCUCAUUUACUCAAAUCUCUGUUUUUCUUCUCUACCACUCUCUGGUCUUUCUCUUACACACGCAUGUACGUAUAUAAACACACACACAAACUCUCAAGCUUCUUGAUUAGAGAUAGAGAAAAAGAUUAAUCAUAAUAAAAAAAAUUACUUGAUUAUUGAUUUUUUUUCUAUCAACAUUGCCCUCAAAUCCCAAAGGGUUGGUUCUAUAUAUCUUUCCAAAAAUAAAUUUAUAGUCAAAUGGAUCUAACGGUCCGUCGCAACCCUUUCAACAACCUGGCGUAUCCGCCGCCGCCACCGCCCUCAACUACCUUCACAAGCCCUAUUUUCCCACGAGGAAGCUCUUCCGGCAUGACUUUCCCCAUCCUCGCCGUCGCAGUGAUUGGAAUCUUAGCCACUGCGUUACUGCUUGUAAGUUAUUACAUCUUUGUCAUAAAAUGCUGUCUUAACUGGCACCAAAUCGACAUCUUCCGCCGCCGCAGAAGCAGCAGUGAUCAGAACCCUCUAAUGAUAUACACUCGUCACGAGCUAAACCGAGGUCUCGACGAAUCAGCCAUCAGAGCUAUCCCAAUCUUUACGUUCAAGAAGAGAGACGUUGUUCCAGGAGGAGAAGAUCAGAACAAGAGCUCACAAGAAUGCUCUGUUUGCUUGAACGAGUUUCAAGAAGACGAGAAGCUGAGGAUUAUUCCAAACUGUUGCCACGUGUUCCACAUUGAUUGUAUCGAUAUUUGGCUUCAGAGCAACGCGAACUGUCCAUUGUGUAGAACCAGCGUUUCUUGGGACGCAAGUUUCUCUCUUGACCUAAUCUCUGCUCCAGAGGAUAAUCCUUCUCCUCGUAGUAACGGGAGUUUUGAACCCGGUGAGGUUGUAAGAGGCGACGAUGACUUCUUAGUGAUUGAGCUUGGGGCAAGUAAUGGUGAUAACAGACAAAGCGUGAGAAACAGAGACUUUCUUGCGGAACAAGAAAGGGCUACCUCGGACGAGGUGUUGAUCAGUCCUUCGCCUAGAAAGUUCGAUCAUCGUGCAAUGCAUAAUAAAGAGAGAAUAUUUCAUAAGGUGAUGAGUAAAGGAGACGAAUGCAUCAAUACUCGUGGCAAAGAUAACCAGUUCGGUGAGAUUCAGCCCAUAAGAAGAUCGAUCUCGAUGGAUUCUUCAGUGGAUCGCCAGCUGUACCUGGAGCUUCAAGAGGUGAUUGGUCAGAAUACUGGGAAGUUUCCAAUGGUGGUCGGAGAUGUUGGAGGUUGUAGUGGUAGUGGUGGUGAUGGUAAUAACAGAGUGAUGAAGAGAUGUUUCUUGUCUUUUGGAAGCAGUAAAGGUUCUAGAAGUUCCUCAAUACUGCCUGUUUAGUUGAAACCCAUAAUGUCGUUCCCUUUUUUUUUAAUUUAUUUUUAUAUUUAGAAAGAUACAUGUUUUUGGUUUUUCACACUUGUUAAAAAAACAUAUCAGAUUUUAAUAAUUACCAAUGCAUUAUUUUCCAUUAUCAACUAUUUUCACAAUUUUUAACUAAUAAAAUUUUAAUAAACACAAUUAUAUUUUUUGAAGUUUAUAAUUUGUAAUUACUUUAUGCAUUGAAAAUAUAAAACAUGCAUUUUUUCGAAACAAAUAUUUUUUCUAAAACAUAGAUUUUUUUGGAACGGAUAGAGUAUUUUGUAAGUCAAAGGAGUUAAUGGUUUUCUUUUUUUGAACAAAUGAAUUUGAAUAGUAUCAUGUAAAAUUUGUGGGUAAACGACCUAUUUGCACACCACAACUAUCAUAUUGCACAAAUCCACACAAACUUUCAACCUUGUCUCAAUUGCACACAAUUUAAGUAUCUAAGCCUAUUUCCCCCUAAACUGAAAGAUCGAAACCUGACUCCCCCUAAACGAUUUUUUGAGUUGGUUUUAAUGGUUUACAACGUAAACCCCACUUAAACCGAGAUCCGAACCAAUUUAAAAACCCGACCGCCCCUCAUAUCCAAUUACACACCCGAUCCAAACACCUACUAAAGGUUAAAAAAAAAACCCCAAAUCGAUUCAUAUCUCCUUCGAACCCUAAAACAAAAAAUUGAAAACCUUCUCAUCCAUUUUCCCUUUCCCACACAUCCUGAGACAAUGAGUAAUGAGUCUGGAGCUUCUAGUGUUCGAUUUCUGAAAAAAUAACGAGAGGAGACCGAAUCAACAACGAUAGACAGAGAGAGAGAGAGAGAGAGAG